AUGUCAUCGCUGGUGAAGGAAGACUUGGAGAAAAAACUGUUCAAGCCGCUGGCGCAGAAUCUCUGCGAAUUUAUUGAGAUAGAGUUCUCGGUCCAGGACAGGUAUUACCUCUGUGUGUCAGUGACCAAAACUGAUGAGGUAGAAAUCAUCAUGGUGAAGCACUACAGAGUAGGCCUGGAUGAAAAGUACGAAGUGACAAAAAGGUGGUCUUUGAGCGAUCUCCAGAUGAUUGACGGAAAAGAAGCAGAUACCGACAAUCCAUUUUUUGAUCUGCACUUCAAGAAAGUGUACAGCUUGGAGGCCUACAGCUGUGCCUCUAAGUACUCCUUCGCUCGAACAGUGAACAGGCUGAACCAUGUGUAUCUUAAGAAGGACUUACACAUUGUGAACUUUGAUUCAACUUACAUUAAUGAUGACUCCAUUUGGUCCUCCAACAAUAAGGACUGCCUGGUCCUCAUGAGAAUAUGCUUUUAUGCUUUCAAUCUUGUGUGCUUGUCCCUGUGUCCUCUGCCACUUUGA